AUGAAACAUCAAGCAUUCACAUGGCUCUGUGUUCUGGCUCUAACCAUCAUAGUUUGUUCCAACACAGCAAACGGAGCAGAAGACUUGUCCAAGACAUGUAGUCAGGUGGUUUCAAAGGUGAUUCCUUGUUUGGAUUUUGCGACGGGGAAAGUACCGAAGCCGAAGAAAGAGUGCUGUGAUGCGGCCAAGAGUAUUAAGGAUACGAAUCCGGAGUGUCUGUGCUACAUCAUUCAACAGACUCAUAAGGGGAGUCCUGAAAGUAAGAGCAUGGGGAUUCAAGAGGACAAGCUUCUUCAACUUCCGGCUGUUUGUGAUGUUAAAGCCAAUAUCUCUGAUUGUCCUAAGCUUCUUGGUCUAUCUCCAAGCUCCCCAGACGCAGCAAUAUUUAAAAAUGUAUCCAAGAUCAACCCCCCUUCCUCCGCUGCAUCAUCCACCGGAACUCCAACGACACCGACCCCGAGUGCCUCACAUAAGCUUAGACCUGUCAUGAUCAGCGACAUGAUGACGGUGACUGUAGCCUUUGUUCUGGCCGCAGUACCUACCGGGUUAUUCACCAUUAAAUUGUGA